AUGGAGUGCGUUGUGACAGAGAAAGUGAAGCUUCUUGUGGCAUUACUUACCCUGCAGUUCUGCUUUGCAGGAUUUCACAUUGUGUCUAGACUUGCACUAAAUAUUGGUGUCAGCCAAGUUGUUUACCCUGUUUAUCGAAAUUUGAUUGCCUUGCUUCUGUUAAGCCCAUUUGCUUAUUUUUUAGAGAAGAAUCAAAGGCCACCCCUUACUUUAUCUUUACUGGUUCAGUUCUUCCUACUAGCAUUACUGGGGAUCACUGCAAACCAAGGGUUUUACUUGUUGGGACUAUACUAUGCCUCUCCAACUUUUGCUUCUGCAUUGCAAAACUCGGUUCCAGCGAUCACUUUUGUCUUGGCCAUGGCUUUAAGUCUAGAGGAAGCCAACAUCACAAGGAGAGAUGGAUUGGCAAAAGUUCUUGGAACCAUUGCUAGUGUGGGGGGUGCCACAAUAAUUACUCUUUACAAAGGUCCUCCUCCUCUUCACCUGCAGAAGGACCAAAUACAAGGAGACACUUCAGAUGUAGAUCAGUCUCCAACAAAAAUGCAAAAUUGGACUUGGGGUUGCAUAUACUUGCUUGGACAUUGUCUAUCAUGGGCUGGCUGGAUAGUUUUUCAGGCUCCUGUGGUGAAGAAGUAUCCAGCAAAACUAACCCUCACUUCUUUUACAUGCUUCUUUGGAUUGAUCCAAUUCUUGAUCAUAGCAGCCUUUGCUGAAAAUGACUUGGAAAAUUGGAAGAUACAGUCACUAGAGGAGCUUUUCAUCAUUCUAUAUGCUGGAGUUGUAGCAUCUGGCAUUGUCAUAUCUCUCCAAACAUGGUGCAUUCAAAAGGGUGGUCCUGUGUUUGUUGCUGUCUUUCAGCCUGUGCAAACUAUUCUAGUUGCUGUCUUGGCAGCCCUAAUUCUCGGGGAUCAGCUAUACUCCGGAGGGCUUAUUGGUGCAAUUCUCAUUGUGCUUGGUCUAUACUUAGUCCUAUGGGGCAAAGCCAAUGAAAAUAAAGUGACUGAGCCAUCUCUAACAAAACCCUUGCUUAAGACAGAGGAAGAGAGUAAAGAAACUGAUGCAGCUCCAAAGGACAUACCAUGACAUGUCCAUCUGUUGACAGAGACAGACUAAGUAGUUUUGGUUUUAAGUAUUUGAACAACCAGUUAACCACUUAUAUGCGGUCCUGGUUUAGCAGCAUUUCAGGGUGUGUAAGAUAACUAAAAUUGUUCUUAUUAAUAUGUUUGGAUGUAGUUAUUAGAGUAAAAGUGCUCAAGGCUAUGUUGGAUUGAGGAAUAAGCCUGGUGGUGCAUUUUAUUAUCAGAGAAGCUCAUUCAUUGACAUUUGAUUACUAGGUCAAAUAUGCCAGUUAUCUGAGCAUUUGCAUCAUGUCAAUGAUACAAACAAAGACUAUGAGCUGUAUGUGACACUGACUAUACAUGAAUACUAUGGAGUAUGGAUAUU